GGUAUCUGCUAACAGAAGAAGAUAUAAAGUUACAAGAAUUUCAGCAGAUGAAAGUGGAAAUUAGAAAUGAACUUCAUGGCAAUAAAGGUUACUAGCUUGGGAACAGCAGUGGCCCAGCAACUGCUACAAAAAAGUUCACUUCCCUGCCCAAGAUGGGGGCAGCACCAUGAGAGGAAUGGAGCUGCCAGAUCAAUAUUUUAAAAAUAUUAAAGAAAAACUAAACAAAAAUGGAAUAAUUUUCAGAAAUGAAUUAAAAAAUUUGCUGCAUUUAUGUCAGACUUCAUCUGAUGUGGAACUAGCCAGAAAAGUUAUUUACAGGUACCAUGAACAGAAUGGAAUCACUACCUUACAUAAUUUUAAAUUUGGGCCACUCUUUAUGAGGCUGUGUUAUGAGCUAGACCUUGAAAGACCUGCAGUAGAACUUAUCAAAGAUCAGAAUUUGCAUGGUUUUUUCUCAGACAGUACAUCAUUCCAUAUUUUGAUGACUAUGUUGUUUAAAAAGGGCCAUUUUGAAAGUGCUUUGGAAGUUCUGGUAGAAAUGAAAAAUCAAGGUAUACCUUUCAACAAAGAAACCUAUCUUCUUGCAUUUGCAAUAUGCUAUAAACUGGGCAACCUGGAGUCUUCCAAAAUCUCUAUGAGACUGCUUGAAGAAGCACAGCUAAAAGGUGACACGUUACCACUGAGAGCAUACUGCUUUGCGAUGGCAACUGCUCUCAAGCAGAAUGAUGUACCACAAGCCAAAUUUUAUUGUUCCCAGAUAAUGAGAACAGAGAACAAACUAUACAAUAAUCUUAAAGUUCUUGUCCAGCUCAGAUCUGGUUUGCUAAAAGAAGUAAUAAAUACGUUAGAGGCAGCAGUGGAAGUAGAUACUCCACCCUUUGUGAAAAAAACUGAGUUUUCUGAGCAGGUGCUGGCUACAGUCAGGGAAAAGAUGGAAGAGAACCCUGACCUUUCUGUCAAAUUAGGAAAUAUUUAUACGAAACUACAAGCUUCAGGACAGAUAACCAUGUGCACACUGGAAGACAUGCUUUUCCAGAUUCCUAGUUCAAAGAAGACCACUGCAAAGCUUUUAAAGCAUAAACAAUUGGGCUAUCAGGCUGCUAAUCCACUUUGGUCAAAUCUAUUGUUAGAAUAGUUCAGUAUUUGAUGCCAAACUGAACUGCUGAUAGCAUCUUUUAUAAUCCAGGUUCAAAUGAAAUGUCUUUUCCCCUUUUCCACAGUGAGCAAUUUUAAGUUAUUUGUAUAAAAUUUCAUUUUAAAUACUGAUCAUGAAGGUUCUGUGUUUCAAUUUUGAUGCUAAAAACAAACUGUGACAGUGGGUAUUUGUGUGUUGUUCAGAAAUUGGAGUGAUAGAAGGUUUGACUUUUUCCUUAGGCUCUUGUAUCAGGAUUUUCCUGUGCAAAAUGUUCUGGAAGUGAAUGGAUGGAAGUGAACAAAGUGGUAUGAGUAUCUGACCUGACUCCUGUGGUUCAUGAGAAGAAAAUUUGGUCUUCAUCAGAUGUAAUGUUCUGACUGAAAGGAUAGAGGCAGGCAAGAGUCCAAAUAAAAGAGUAUGGAAGUGCUUGAACUGUUAGUUCAAAGUCUGUAGAUCUCAAGAGAAUCAGAGUGAAGUAAGCAUAUUGUGUUCACUGUAACAUCUUUUUCUUCUAAAGAAAUAUAUUAGUGGGGUUUUUUUCAUAUCAACUGGGAUCAUGGAAAUGCUGUGGGAAUUAGCAUGGUAACCAAGUGGUUGCUUUCUCAGUUGAAGGAGAUUCCUGAUCGAAAGUCAGUCUCAGAGUGAGUGACUUCACAAAUUGCUUCCUUCUAAUUUUCUAAUAUUAAGAUUCCUAGGAUAAGCAAAUCUUGAUGCAAAUUUGCAACUAAGUCUUACAGAGUUUCUUAGAGCAAGUAUGAUCACGUUUUUAGCUAUAAUUACAUCAUCUGCAUAGUUGACCGUAUUUUUUGAUUGAAAAAAAACCACAAAGAAGCUUCAUUUUGUCCCAGCUUUAAUGAUUCUAGAUCAAAUGUGCUUAGUUCUAGCAAUAAAAAGCUGUUUGUAUCUGUAAGUCCUGUAUACCCAAGAAUAUGAACUCUUUCAGCAUCCAGAAUAGAAGGAAUUGGAAACAGGUAUACCUUAACUAGCAUUCCUGUGCCUUUAGUGCCUUUGCAGGUGAAGUGAUGAACAUGUUGAUAAGAGAACUUGGUGGUCUUGUGAGCACAAGACUAGGUGGAACUCAGCUUGGUACUCUGUAAGUUGGGCUGCAUUAUUUCUCUUCUGCCUUCUGUUUCUUUUAUUUUGUCUCUGCCCCACUCAAGCAAAUUUCAGAACUCAGAGUAUAUUUUCUGUGAAUAAAUCUCUGCAUCUGUAUCACUGAAGCCAGUGAGACACUGAAGAAACAAGAACCCAUCCAUGGGGAAGCACAGCUUCAAAACAAAUGUGAUUACAGCCUGUGGGAUGUUUCCUUCUGAAGCUCUAACUCUAUAACUUAUUUCUGUCGCAAUUUCUGUUAAUAUGUAAAAGGUACAAACACUGUUACAAAGUAGAUGGAAUUUCAUGCAAGUGUAAGUGAAGAAUAAUUUGAAGUGUGUAUCACACUUUUGUGCAUCGUAUGUACCCUUUUUAUGAUUGGUGGCAUAGACUAAAGUAUUACAUACAUUGGUCUGAGAACACAGCUAUUACUUUUUCUGUAAUAUUGUGUAGUAUGUAAUUUCACACAUAAUUUUCCCUUAGUUGAAAAUUCUUUCAACAUUUCCAGUAGUAUGUGGACUCUUGAGAAGUUCCCAAUCUUUCCUCCACAAAUAAAUUUGAUACGAGAUUUGUAAAGGCUGUUUGCAGUGUGGCAAGGAUUAGUGGCAAAAAAUUUUAAGGAAUUCAGUUCACUCUGUUUGUAUGGACAAGAGAACUGUCUGAUAUCAUCUGGUAGAAUCAGGACAGCUGUUUGGUGUUAAAAGUGUAUAAAUGCCACAUUUUUAAAGGCCAUCAGAGACAGUUUGACUGAUUUAGCCUUACAUAGCAAAUACAUGAAGUCAGUUCUGUUUCAUUUCCUUACUUGGCACUUUAAAAUUUGUGUUAAUUGCAAGAAGCUGUUGCAUCCUAGGACUGUGCAUGUUUGCUUGUUCAUUCUAAUCAGAAUUGUUUAGGUUCCUGACUAAGGCUGUAUCCUACCUGCAACUGAAGUAAUCAUAACUUAUAUUAAAAUUGUCAAUAUACCUGA